GACCCGGCGGUCUUUACUUGGCCUUUUCCUCGUUGAACUUUGGACGAAUGGUGCAUUAUUAAUUACUCCAUGAAGGAAAAAUGAAUCAAUACUUGAUUACAGGCGGGGAGCAGAGUCGAAGAACAAAUCUGGAAUCAUUGACGAGGCCGAGGGUGACUGUGAGUUAAAUCCAGCCUCCAGGAUUGCAUAAUUCAGUCCUAGCCGAUACACCGCCCCGCCGAUCUUAACUUAUGCCUUAUUGGGUGGCGUUCUUGUGACUUCGGUGAUUGAUUUCUCAAGCUUUCGAUUUUCUCCUUCCAUCCUUUUUGUUUCCGCGCGGCGCUCCGCUCUGGAAUCCCAUUGAUAAUAAAGGAUGGGAAAGUGCUUUUGCGACUAUCGAUAUCUCCUCCUCAUCGCUACCCUGCCGUUCAUCUACAUUCAGAUUCGCCUGUUUGCAACUCAAUCUCAGUAUGCUGAUCGACUUGCUGUUGCUAUUGAUGCAGAAACCCAGUGCACAGGGCAGACACGGUUAUUAAUUGAUCAAAUUAGCCAGCAGCGAGGGCGGAUCCUUUCUCUUGAAGAAGAAAGGCGGCGUCAAGAUCAGGAAUGUAAACAUUUGAGAGCUCUUGUUCAAGAUCUUGAAAGGAAAAAUCUGAAGAAAUUUGUUGGUGAUUUACAGGUACCAGUGGCAGCAGUUGUUGUUAUGGCUUGUAAUCGUGCUGAUUAUCUGGACAGGACCAUCAAAUCUAUCCUUAAGUAUCAGAGAACUGUUGCAAAAAGAUAUCCACUUUUCAUAUCUCAGGAUGGAUCAGAUCCUCAUGUUAAGAGUAAGGCUUUGAGUUAUGACCAGCUAACCUACAUGCAGCAUUUGGACUAUGAACCUGUGCAUACAGAAAGACCUGGGGAGUUGAUCGCAUACUACAAGAUUGCACGCCAUUAUAAGUGGGCACUGGAUGAAUUGUUUUACAAGCAUGGAUUCAAGAGAGUUAUCAUCCUUGAAGAUGACAUGGAAAUUGCCCCUGAUUUUUUUGAUUACUUUGAAGCUGGAGCCUCCAUCCUUGACAAUGACAAGUCUAUUAUGGCUAUUUCUUCAUGGAAUGAUAAUGGGCAAAGGCAAUUUGUCCACGAUCCUUAUGUGCUUUAUCGCUCGGAUUUUUUUCCUGGUCUGGGAUGGAUGCUCUCUAAAUCCACAUGGGAUGAAUUGUCUCCUAAAUGGCCAAAGGCUUAUUGGGAUGAUUGGCUGAGACUGAAAGAAAAUCACAAAGGAAGACAGUUCAUUCGCCCAGAAGUGUGCAGGACAUAUAAUUUUGGGGAGCAUGGUUCUAGUAUGGGGCAGUUCUUCAAACAAUACCUUGAACCUAUCAAAUUGAACGAUGUCCAGGUUGAUUGGAAAUCAAUGGACCUGAGCUACCUGAAAGAGGACAAACACGUGGAGUACUUUUCCAACAUGCUUAAAAACGCAACUCCUACGCACGGAGCUGAUGCUAUCCUGAAGGUCAAUAACAUAGGCGGCGAUGUACGAAUUUUGUACCGAGACCAGUCAGAGUUCGAAAUCAUUGCCCGUAAAUUUGGCAUUUUUGAAGAAUGGAAGGAUGGAGUCCCAAGAACAGCAUAUAAAGGAGUAGUUGUAUUCCGAUACCAGGGACAAAGACGCGUGUUCUUUGUUAGCCCGGAUUCUCUUCGAGAAUUUGGAAUCAUUUAAGGCGAUGAGACGAAGUUGUGCAGGAAGUAAGCAUAAUAUAUUCAGGAUUAUCUUUUUAUGCAGUUAGAAACAAGAACUGGAUGACGAGUUGGACAAAGAGACAUGAAAAGGACGAAAUGUACUUUCUCAGGCUUCUGGCCGUGAAAUGUGAAUAUUACUAUAGAAUCGGGAAUUAUUACUAGACACGAUAUCUUUGUUCCAUUUUAUGAAAUGAAUUUUUGGUUGUGGGAUUACAGAGGGCACCAGUUCCUCGAAAGAUUCCAAAAAAUUACAUAAUGAAGGCGAUGGA